GGUUAACGGCCGUCGUAUAGAGUACUCUGUAAGCAACUUCGAUCCAUCAAAUUGCGAAAAGAAGCUUUCCAAGGUGCUCAGAGUUAGAUCUGUCUUGCAAGCGAUCUGCAAAGUUGAUAAGGCUUGGAGAAAAGUCAGAAUCGGGACUAGCAUUCGACAACAAAAACUAUAAACGGGUCGGAACAAAGAUGGUGGGCAUUGGUUGUCGAUCGCGAUGAGCUCAAAGAGUGAUGGCCGGAUGGGAUGGAGAUUGCCCGUCUCCGGCAGAUGCGGGAGCUUCUUGUCAUGCCAAGCCCUGUGCUCAAACACUUUGUACCAUCCGCAUCAAACCCUCACGCGUCUCAUAUGAAGCAAUGCCGAGCACCCGGCCUGGUAAUAUUCCCGCCAGAGUAGCAAUCUUUCACUCAGUCAGCCCAGUGACACGUACUUUCGCCAACACAGCCACGCCUCGCCACGCAGGAUCACCCGCAUUUGUUCAAGCCGACAUACUCUCCAACGGAGCGCUGCACCCUCCAUUUCUUGCGACACAGUUCCUGCAACCUCUAACACCGUCUCAAACUCUUCCCCACCACUCUAACUGCGCUUGUUCGUCGCCCGCUCAGAGACCUCGUCGCCCAUUUCCAAGCAACGCUCAACAUACCUUACCAACGCUCCCCAGCAGCCACAGCCAUCCUACUACCAGAACCAGGGCGGCGCCGCAGCGGGCUACUACCAGCAACAACCGCAGAUGGGCUACGGCCAGCAUCAACCGCAGAUGGGCUACGGCCAGCCGGCGCCGCAGGGGGGUUACUACCUGCCGCAAGGGCAGCCGCAGCAGAAAAAGAGCGGACCGGGUGUGUUUGAGGCGUGUCUUGCUGGCAUGGCCUGCUGUUGCUGCUUGGACAUUUUGUUCUAGACAGCCAAAUGGGAAAUCAAAUCGGUACCAUGAGAGAGCGAGGUGGCCGUCGACAAAAACAUAUUCCGGAUGAUUCACCGCUCAACCGACGUCCGGCGCAGGCUGGUCCGGUCCAGCGCGGCUCGCAGGAAAAUCUCGAUGGAACACCGAAUGUCCGACUAAAAGGGCCGACGGAAGAGGGAAGCUUUUUGCGCGGGAUAUGGAUGGGUCGGCAUUGGGCAGAAACAGCGCCAGGGGUGCAGUUUCGCAGCAUAGGAAGGGAUG